UUCUUAUAUUGGUUUACAUUUUUUUUUCAUGGGUUCUCCUAUCUUCUUCAAUCUUUGAUCUUGCUGUGCCCUAAUUGCUUGUCCUAGUGCUUCUCAUGUCCCCUAACUUGGGAUGAUUGUGACUGUGUAAAGCAUUCCGAGUUAAUUGGUCUCCCGUGAAAAUUUUCACUACUAAGCUGUCCUCAAUGGGUCAGGAUAAAGUGUCAGAGUAGCAAUCUGGAAGUUUUUGAUGGCAAACUACUAUGACAUUGAUGACAUUAUCACAGAGGAAGAGAUUGUAUCAGUUAUAUUCCAAAAGGUAGCGUCAGGAGUGGGAAUAGAUCCCAGCUCUGAAACUGACUGUAUUGAAACAGGUUCCAAGGUGGAACUGCCUUUCUGGCUCGCUCAUGAAUUACAACUGAGACAAGUAGUAUCAAUCAACAUUCCCUCUUGUUUUGAUCAAAAAACUAGACUAGAGAUUCAGGCUGAUUGUGCCAGUGUGGAUCUGAGGUCUCGAUGUCCAUUCUUUUAUGAAUUUGGAUGCAAGAUAGCACCCGUGGUUGGUGAUAGGACAAUUGGGUUCCUGCUCUUGUCUGCAUUUAAGAAUAGGUACAAGGAAGUCCUCACCAAGGCACAUACCGCAGCAUUUUCAGCUGCUUCCAAAUUCUGGUCAAUUCUAACAAAUGAAGAGAUGAAUUUGUAUGAGGCAGCUCAGUCCUCCAUGGCAUCCUUUAAGAAGUGGCGAAUUGGGGGACCUAGAUUUCAGAAAGCCCCUGUUCUUGGAAGAAAGAGAAAAUCAACCGAAUAGUUAUUUUUGGCAAAAAAAAAAAAAAGGUGUUUGACAUCUCUCAAUGUUAAUUAUUUUUGGAGUAAUCUCUGUAAAUUCAGCUUAUUUCUAUGAACCCCAGGAUUGGGGGUAGAGGGUCUCCUUUUCUUUUUGCUUCCCCAAUCUCGACCAAUCAUUAAUUUUAUAAUUAUAAAAAUUCAUUUAAUAAAAUGAUAUGAAUGGUGGGGAUGGAAAAAGUGGAGGGAAAAGAAGGGGAAAAAAGGGUGAGACCUCUCUCCCUAGGAUUGGCCACUUAUAAGGUUUUUUUUCCCCUCCCCAUAAAGAGGAUAUUGAAAGAUUUGAUCAAAUACAACUUUUACC